GGGGUUUACCAAAGCCUAAUAUAAGGCACAACAAUUGUUCGCCAAACACAGCAAUAUUUUUUUUACUUGUGUGCGUGCAAUUGAUAAAAGAGUAAGAGGUAAUAGACUAAUUCGUGGUUUAUUGGAUUUGCAGGUGGUUUGAGAUUCGUUGGAUUUGCAGAUUGAACAAGGGUUAAUUGCUAGAUCUCUCUCUUUUUCUCGCUAAUAUUGACUGGUUAUCGGGGUUCGUUAAGUUAAAAAAGAUGGAUAGUUUUGACAGCGAUCUGUAUAGCGUGGACAAGUUUGAGGGGUAUUCACGAUCUAUUGCUGUGAAUGAGGGCGGUGAUAAUUUGGGGUCUUCGGCGGAGAAUGAAAUUGCUGGGAGGAUGGCAUCCUUUACUGCCCCAAGGGAGUUUUUUGAGGAGCCUGGCGGCGAGGAUGACGAGGACAUGCCAGCAGGGUUGUGUAAUCGUAAGAUUAUUGACGACGACUAUCGGAUGAGGAAGUUCAAUAGGUUUAUAUCUCCUGAGAGGAAUGAUCCAUUCUUGGACACGACUCCGGGACCUGAUGUGAGAGGUUAUGGUGAUGUGAUGAAGGAGGAGGUGCUGAAGAGGGCGUUAGCAACGAAGGAAGAGGACAAAGACACGGAACCAAAGAAAAGGAAUAGAUGCGGUAUGUCAGAAGACGAGAAUCUUGGUGCGACACCGAAGCUGGGAGGACUCGCUCUGAAGAAGCAGAGGUCGAGGUGGGAUGAGACUCCGGCCACCAUGGGCUGUGCUACUCCUUUUGGGGCUGCUCAUAUGGCUACUCCUACUCCAAAGGCUAUCAUGCAAAGCGCAAUGACUCCCGACCAUUAUAAUUUAUUUAGGUGGGAGAAGGAUAUUGAGGAAAGAAAUAGACCAUUAGCCGAUGAGGAUCUUGAUUCAAUGUUUCCAGAACAAGGGUACAAGGUUUUGGAUCCCCCUUCCUUGUAUGUUCCUGUCAGAACUCCCGCCCGCAAACUUCUUGCUACACCCACUCCAAUGGGGACACCUCUUUAUAACAUUCCAGAAGAUCGAGGCCAGCAGUUUGAUGUGCCUAAAGAGUUACCUGGUGGUUUGCCAUUCUUGAAACCUGAGGAUUAUCAGUACUUCGGCUCGCUGCUCCAGGAAGAAGACAAUGAAGAGGAGCUGUUAUCUCAUGAAGACCAGAUAGAGCGAAAGAUCAUGAAACUCCUGCUGAAAGUUAAAAACGGCACUCCUCCACAGAGGAAAACUGCUUUGAGACAGCUCACGGACAAGGCCAGAGAAUUUGGUGCUGGUCCACUGUUUAACCGUAUUCUGCCACUGCUCAUGCAGCCCACGCUGGAAGACCAGGAGAGACACUUGCUGGUUAAAGUUAUUGACAGGGUGCUCUAUAAGUUGGAUGAUUUAGUCCGUCCAUAUGUCCACAAAAUUUUGGUUGUUAUCGAGCCUCUGUUGAUUGACGAGGAUUACUAUGCUCGUGUAGAAGGUAGAGAGAUCAUCUCAAAUCUCACCAAGGCAGCUGGAUUGGCCACUAUGAUUGCUGCAAUGCGUCCAGACAUCGAUAACAUGGAUGAAUAUGUUAGGAACACCACUGCAAGAGCUUUUAGCGUCGUCGCCUCUGCUCUUGGUAUUCCUGCAUUGCUGCCGUUUCUGAAAGCUGUCUGCCAGAGUAAGAAAUCAUGGCAAGCUCGUCACACAGGUAUCAAGAUUGUUCAGCAGAUUGCAAUACUAAUUGGCUGUGCCGUUCUCCCGCACUUGAGGUCCCUCGUUGAGAUUAUUGAACACGGUCUUAAUGAUGAAAAUCAGAAAGUUAGGACUAUUGCAGCUCUUUCUUUGGCUGCUCUUGCUGAAGCUGCUGCCCCUUAUGGUAUUGAAAGCUUUGACUCGGUGUUGAAGCCUCUGUGGAAGGGCAUCAGAUCCCAUCGCGGCAAAGUCUUGGCUGCCUUUCUGAAGGCCAUUGGUUUUAUCAUACCACUUAUGGAUGCAACAUAUGCGAGCUACUAUACCAAGGAAGUUAUGGUUAUCCUCAUCCGCGAAUUCCAGUCACCAGAUGAAGAAAUGAAGAAGAUUGUGCUCAAAGUGGUGAAGCAGUGUGUCAGUACUGAAGGUGUGGAGCCAGAUUAUAUCAGGAAUUAUAUUCUCCCGGACUUCUUUCGUAAUUUCUGGGUACGGAGGAUGGCACUCGAUAGGAGAAAUUAUAAACAGCUCGUUGAAACAACAGUGGAAAUAGCUAACAAAGUCGGUGUACCUGAUAUACUAGGUAGAAUUGUUGAAGACCUUUCAGAUGAAAGCGAGCCAUAUAGAAGGAUGGUUAUGGAGACAAUUGAGAAGGUGGUUGCUGACCUGGGGUCUUCUGAUAUUGAUGCUCGUUUAGAAGAGCUAUUAAUCGAUGGAAUUCUCUAUGCAUUACAAGAGCAAACUAGCGAUGAUGCCAAUGUUAUGCUUAAUGGGUUUGGGGCUGUUGUGAACUCCCUUGGUCAGCGGGUGAAGCCGUAUCUUCCCCAGAUAUGCGGUACAAUAAAAUGGCGGCUUAAUAAUAAGAGCGCUAAAGUGAGACAGCAAGCCGCAGAUCUUAUAUCUAGGAUUGCUGUGGUUAUGAAACAAUGCGGAGAAGAACAAUUGAUGGGCCAUCUUGGUGUACUAUUAUACGAGUAUUUGGGAGAGGAAUAUCCAGAAGUUUUGGGUUCAAUAUUGGGCGCUCUCAAGUCUAUUGUCAAUGUUAUUGGUAUGACGAAGAUGACACCACCAAUCAAAGAUUUACUUCCUCGACUCACUCCCAUCUUAAAAAACCGACAUGAGAAGGUCCAAGAGAACUGUAUCGAUCUUGUUGGAAGAAUUGCUGAUCGUGGGCCUGAGUUUGUGCCUGCGAGGGAGUGGAUGAGGAUAUGCUUUGAGCUUCUCGAGAUGCUCAAAGCGCACAAGAAGGGUAUCCGUAGAGCUACUGUCAACACUUUCGGCUAUAUUGCAAAGGCUAUCGGCCCACAAGAUGUUCUUGCAACCUUGUUAAACAACCUCAAGGUGCAAGAGCGUCAGAAUCGUGUCUGCACAACUGUGGCAAUAGCAAUCGUCGCGGAAACAUGCUCCCCUUUUACGGUUUUGCCCGCAUUGAUGAAUGAGUACCGUGUGCCCGAGCUCAAUGUUCAGAACGGGGUUUUAAAAUCGCUCUCGUUCCUCUUUGAAUACGUCGGUGAGAUGGGAAAAGACUAUAUAUAUGCAGUGACUCCAUUGCUAGAGGAUGCUCUAAUGGACAGAGAUUUGGUUCAUAGGCAAACUGCUGCUUCAGCUGUCAAGCACAUGGCGCUUGGGGUUGCUAGUCUGGGAUGCGAGGACGCUUUGGUCCAUCUUAUGAAUUUUAUCUGGCCCAACAUUUUCGAGACAUCGCCACAUGUAAUAAAUGCUGUUACUGAAGCUAUUGAAGGAAUGAGGGUGGCUCUGGGUGCGGCUGUUGUGCUGAACUACUGUCUUCAGGGGCUGUUUCACCCUGCGAGGAAGGUUAGACAAGUGUACUGGAAAAUCUAUAAUUCAGUUUAUAUUGGCGCUCAAGAUGCGCUUGUGGCUGCUUAUCCCGUGCUGGAGGAUGGAGAGAGUAAUGUGUUUUGCAGACCUGAAUUGCAGCAUAUGUUUGUCUGAUAAGUGACAAAAAUUCAUCAAGUGAAGGAGAGAAUGGAGAAAGAGAUGAUGGAGACGAGGAGGAUUAGACAAAAAUUCUCCCGGGAACAGAAAGAACGAAAAGCUAAGCUGGUAGGAUAUCAUAUCGCUACUGCAACCUCAAUCGCCUUUCAAAUCUUUUGCCCAACUUAUAUGAUUUCCAUUGAUGUACUUUGUGUUAACUUCUUCUGUAAUGGGUAACCUCCAUUCCUUGGUGAUCGGAUAUAAACUUUUAUGAUUCAAGUUCAUGGGCUAGUUUCUAUGCAUAUUUCGGUUUUCAUGCUGCUUCUGGAUUCCUGGAUUGUUUUGGUCAAUGUAUAUUCCAUCUCAUAAUUCCUAU